AAAGCGCAGCGCAGCCUUUGGCAUCAAAAAGGCAAAAAGAGCAGAAGUUAAUUUUUGCCCAACAUACCCAUCAGCAGAAACUGAGGAGAGUCUAGAAGCCAUGCGAAAAGCUUUACUCUUGGAUGUUGGGAAGAGGAACAACCGAGAGGCUGUGAAGCUCAAGAUGGAAAAAAACUUUCGCAUAUAGAAGACAUGAGAUUGUUCGUGACGCACCGAUGGUGGAAGAUUUUAGGUUGAGAUGGCCUGCUUUGUUUGAAGUCAGUGAGAUCAACGCUGAAUUCAAGAGAAUCACCCCCGUUCCGCUUCAGUCCAAGUUCCUGUCUCAGCUAGACCUCCACUCCGACAAUCUGAUAAGGCUGUUCCAAAGGAGAGGAGGACAGCUAGGGGAAAAGCUCAAAAGAGUCGCUGCACAAAUCGCUGUUUGUGAUGAUAUAGAUGCUGGACGAGAGUGUAUCAUCAAAGGAGUCUGUGUUUACAUGGGCGAAGAUCCAGAUAACCUUCUACGGGAAUAUGUGAGCCUUGAUGACAACACCAUCAACGCAGCCAUCGCAGACACCACUGUUGGGAUCUACAUCAUCAAAGAAUGUGCUUCAAGUGGUAACAUUGAGGACAUUGGCAUUGUUCUGGAAGGCAUCAAGGUGUUGAAAUAUCUUGAUAAUGUAGCAUUAGCUGUUGCUAUGUUGUUUGGGCUGAUGUAUGUGCUCAACCUGAACUACCCUGCUGACCUCCGCUACACCUUUGAAGUUAUCCAAAAGAUUUGGAUGGAACUAGACGCAAGCAAGCUUUCCAACAAAGCACUUGCUUUGAAAAACAGGCUCUCUGAGUGA